AUGGCGGGGCAGGGCCGCCAGGAGCGGGCAGCUGACCUGCUCCAGACCGAGCCCGCGGAGGCCCCGACCGUGACCCCGGAGCUCGCCGCGGGACGGGGCGGCAGCAGCGCGGCGGCGGCGUUUCACUGCCCGCAGGGCCCGGCCGGCCGCGCCCCGGGCUGCCGCUCGGUCUCGGUGGUGUUCCCCGGCCCCGUGACCCAGCAGGGCUGCUGCCACUUCGCCUGCGAGCUCCUCAAACACGUGCUGUACCAGCGGCACCAGCUGCCCCUGCCCUACGAGCAGCUCGCCUACUUCUGCAGGAGGGCGCUGCCCCGCCAGCCGCAGGAUGGAGAUGCAAUUAAGAAGCCACAUCCCCCAGACCUAGGGAGCAGCAGGAAGUGCCAGCAGUUGCUAAUGGAGCUGGAGGGAGUGUUCCGGCACUUGGAAGCCAUGUUCAACCUGACAUUGGUCCCUCGGGUCCUUAUUCUAGUUGGAGGAAAUGCCAUGAGCCCCAAGGAGCUCUAUGAGAUCAACUUGGAGGGCAUCUCAGUGGGCAAUGCUGAGGAGAGCCUGCAAACACCAUCCUGUGUUCGUAAGCUUUUCCACUCACUCUUCCUUGCAGACGUCUUCAGUGAGCUACAGGCUGUCCCUGUCAUGGGAACCAUUGUCAUGGUCCAAGGCCACCGUGACUGUGGCAUUGACUGGUUCCGACCCAAGCUCAACUACAAAGUGCCAGCACGCGGGAGGAAGCUGACUGUCAACUUGUCCUGUGGUGGAAACAGCAGUACAAAUUCAUCUUCUCAGCAGGGAGCGACCUCUGUCUGGGACAACUACAUAUGGUUCCAAGCACCAGUGACAGUUAAGGGCUUCCAUGAAUGACUCUUGCUCUAUAGCAUUUUAAUGAGACAUUUUAAAUAAUCAUCUGGUGCUACUUUAGUUGAUACAAAAGAAUGUUUGUUUUUUUUUAAUGAUCUGUAGCUACACCUCUCUGAAACCUAUAUCCAGGGAAUCUGCUACCUGCAUGCAGCUGGGGUGUGUUCCACUGUCCAUACAACAGAGCUUUAAAUAUCCUCAUACCCGGGGAAAGCACUAGAGCAGUUUUGCCCACAGAUGUAGGCCUCUUGGGGGAACUGAGUCAGGAAGAAGGAAUUCCCUAGAGGGUUGGUGGGAGUAAUUUUAUGUUUGUGCAGCAUGCCCACUUACCCAGUCAAUACUUGAAGCAGCCUUUUCUGAGAGUAUCAUGGUGUUCACACAGCUGUUCUCCUCUACUUGCUGAUAAAGUCGUGUACAAUGUUAA